UACAUCAGUGUACGUUCAGUCGUCGUCGUGUCAAUCAUUUCCUUUUUUUCGGUAUGAACAAAAUUGUAGUUUUCAAUCAACUCAAGCUCUGAUAUGGCACUCAAGAAGCAGCUCCCAACCAAGGCGCUGCCCAAAAAGAAAGGCAAAUCGGCCUCAGGAAGCAAAAAGCAGGCACAAAAGUUGCCGAAGUCCAGCCCCAAGCAGCAGAGCCAGCUCAAGACUCUGUUCACAUCCAAAAAGUUCAAGAAGAGCCCAGUCCAAGCACAAACCCAAAGCCAAGUCUGGCGCAGGACGAUCGUUCGCAGCAAGCCCAAGCAGAAAGUGCAGCUGCCGCGACUCUUUCGCACGGAUCGUCGCACUGGCCUGCCCGUGGACUAUGAGCGCACCGUGGAGCAGGUGAUGCACUACGUAAAUCCCUACAUUCACAGCCAAGCCAAGCGCACGCCGGAGCAGGAGCUGGAGGAGCUGAUGACCAAUAUGUUUGUGGAGUUGAUGCAGCAGGGCGGGGCGCAAGAGCUGCGAUCGAUGCUGCAGAAAGGCUGCAAGGGAAGGGGCAGCUGCGACUGGCAGAUGGGUGGGCAGUGCGAGCGUCAAAUGGGUGGGCAGUGCGACUGGCAGAUGGGCAGAAAGUUCCCAAUGAAUCCACGCAAUGAUGGACGCCAGGAGAACUCAGAUCUCAGCGCCUUCUACAACGCCUGCAAACGUGGACCACAGCGCACUCCCAGCACCCUGGCAGCACCCACACGCAGAAGCAGAUUCAACUACAACCAACUGAAAAUAAGGAGCAACUAGAGAGCGCCUCCUCUGCCCUGACCUGCUCAUAAAUUGUAAUUGCAAAAUGUUUUUGAUUGAGUCAAAGAGUUUCGCCUUGAUUGGUCAAUCAAUAGCAAUCAAUGGACUUCGGCUCAAAGGUAAAUUAAUCGAGUUAUGCUCUUGAGAGACAAAAUGUUGGUAAAUAAACAAAAUUCCACACACAA